AUGACCCGCGGUCCCCUGUGCAUUUUUGUGAUAUUCAUUUCUGUUUUGUGGUUCCUGUUAAAUUUUCUACAUGUCAGUGGUUAUUUGAUUGGAGUUGGCAUAUAUGACAUUACUGGUCCGGUCGCUGAAAUAAACAUGAUGGGUUAUGGCAGUAUGAAACAAAUCAAUGAUGGACUUCAUCUAAGAUUAUUCAGUCGCGCAUUUGUUAUCAAAGAUAAUGUUAGUUCUCAACCUAUCGUCAUUACAAUAUUGGAUGCUGGUAUGGUAUCACAAGCAGUAAAAACUGAGGUUAUCCAUCGGUUAAGUAAUCAUUAUGGAGAUAAACUUUUCACACAUCAAAAUGUCUUACUCAGUGCCACUCAUACUCACUCUGGGCCUGCUGGUUACUUUCAGUAUCUACUUUAUUCAAUCACAUCUCUUGGAUUUGUAUCUGAAACAUUUGGGCCAUUAGUUGAUGGAAUUGUUAAGAGUAUUAUUCAAGCUUAUUCUAGCAUGCAAGAAGGACAAAUUUUAAAAGCUGAAGGAGAUUUGCAUAAUGCUAGUAUCAAUCGGAGUCCAGCGGCUUAUUUAAUGAAUCCACCUGAGGAAAGAGCAAAAUAUAACGAUAAUGUGGACAGAAAAAUGAUAUUGUUAAAAUUUAUUGGUAAAGAUGGUAAACCGAUAGGAAUGAUCAACUGGUUCGCAGUUCAUCCAGUCAGUAUGAACAAUUCAAAUUCACUGGUUAGCAGUGAUAAUAAAGGCUUAGCUUCAAUUUUAUUUGAGCAGAAAAUGAAUGGCGAUCGAAUGUUAGGCAAGGGUCCAUUCGUAGCUGCUUUUGCUCAAGCUAACGAAGGCGAUGUUUCACCCAAUAUCGACGGUCCUCGCUGCAUUGAUACCGGCUUACCGUGUGAUUAUAUACAUAGUAGUUGUGGUGGACGUACUCAAAAGUGCAUUGCAUUUGGUCCUGGCUCCGAUAUGUUUGAAAGUACAAAGAUUAUAGCUCAAAGACAGUUUGAUAAAGCAUGGACGUUAUUUAAUGAAGCACAUACCGAAAUAACGGGACCUCUUGAUUAUAUUCAUCAGUUUAUCGAUAUGACAAGUGUGACUGUUGACUAUAUGGGUCAAAAAGGUAGUACCUGCAAACCAGCUAUGGGUUUCAGUUUUGCUGCUGGUACCACUGAUGGUCCUGGAGAAUUCGAUUUUGUUCAAGGUACAAAACACGGUAGCACAUUUUGGACGAUAGUACGUGAUUUCAUAAAAAUACCAAGUAAAGCAUUGGUUGAAUGUCAAGCACCGAAACCAGUUUUACUUCCAACUGGAGAAAUGACACAUCCUUAUCCCUGGCAACCUUCUAUUGUCGAAACUCAAAUCCUUUCAAUUGGACCUCUCUUAAUCGUUGCUUUGCCAGGUGAAUUUACUACUAUGUCUGGAAGGCGAAUUCGUAAAGCAGUCGCCAAAACUGCUGGUAUUGCCACUAACGAAAAUCAACCUCAGUAUGAAGUGGUUCUUGCCGGACUGUCAAAUGUUUACUCCAGUUAUGUCGCUACUCCUGAAGAAUAUCAAUUACAAAGAUACGAGGCUGCUUCCACUAUUUAUGGUCCGUAUACACUUCCUGCUUACGAACAACAAUUUAUGAAAUUAGCCUGGUCGUUAGUUAAAAAAAUAAAACUUGAUCAAGGACCUCCAUCUCCAUACUUUGUCGAUAAACUGUUAAGUUUUGUACCAAAAGUUUUAUAUGAUACAGCACCACUUGGGAAGAGUUUCGGUAGUGUACUGAAACAACCAGAAUCAAUAUAUUAUCGGAAAGCAAAUAUUGUUGAGGUGGAAUUUGUCAGUGCAUCACCACGUAAUAAUAUACGUUCUAAUGGAACGUACUUGACUGUUGAAAGGUUGGACGAAACGUUGCAAAAAUGGGAUAUUUUUCGUACGGAUGCAAAUUGGGAGACAAAAUUUAUUUGGAAAAGAAAAGGAUUCUUUGCAUGGUUACUUGGUCAAAGUGUUGCAGUUAUCCAGUGGACAGUUAGUUCUAUCGAUGGUCAGUGUAUUCCAGGUAUCUAUAGAAUACGACAUUUUGGUACAUACAGAAGUAUUUUUGGAAGGAAAACAGACUUUUCUGGUGUUACAAAUAAAUUUAUGAUACUAUGUGAAUAA